CACCGUUUUCCAGCCCUAAUUUUGGAUGGUAUCCAUGAUUGGACACUACCAUCCAUUAUGGAUUUUGGAUGGUAUCCAUGUAUUUGGACGCUACCAUCCAUUAUGGAUUUUGGAUGGUAUCCAUGUAUUUGGACGAUACCAUCCAUUAUUGGAUUUACAUUGGACACUACCAACCAUUAUUGGAGUAGGAUGGUAUCCAUUACGUUGCACACUGCCAUCCAUAAACCCUAUGGCCAGACUUGAAUAAAUUGGACCAUCAAUGUACACGUGGACCAGCUACUUAAAUUGGCCAAGCUGUACAAACAUGUAAUAAUUAAUGAAAAAUGAUUUUGGUGUAAACAUAAGGAAUAAUAAGAAAGAAUGGUAGGAUAGGAACAUGACGAGAUAGUUUAGAUCAAGGAUUUCUUCUAGCACUUGCUUCAACCAUGUCGAAGCAGAUCGGGUCGCGUGGAUCAAAUCAGAACUUGCCAUCAUUGCCAACAAGAAUGAUAAGGAGGAUAAGAGUGAAAACGAAUAUGAAAGAGAGAAAUCCACCCCAAAUCUAUUACGAAAGAACCAAAGGUCUAAACGACUUUGUUAGCUUCUGAGCUUCUUGUCUGUCUUGUAAUUUGCUCGUAUACUUUCUAAUAACUUGGUGUAUUGUCUACAUUUUCAAUAGGGAGACAAUCACGAUCGUAAAGAGUGAUUAGGGAGGUCAAAUGCUACCCACUUAUCCCCGAACAGUGUAAUUAACCUUACAGAUGAAAAUAAAAUCAACAGUUCCCUUGGACGAUCAAUUCGCAUCCAAGAUCCAUCCAUUAUGACUAGGGCUGUCACCCGGUCGGUAUCGGUUUAACCCCGAGAAUCGAGACCUGCCAAUGGCAGCCGCACACCGACCGACCCUAGACCCUCGGUUAUCCGCAAACCGACCGGAUGAUUUUCGGUUAAGUUGCGGUUAAAUCGAGGACACCGAAACAGUGAUGGCCGGUUCGGUUUGCCUUCCUAAUCGGUUCGGUUUGCCUUCCUAACCGACCGAUAACCGCUAACAAACCGAACGGUAACCAACACAAACCGAGGGUUUUGGUCUUGGAAACCACUAAAACCACUAAUCCACCCCGCUGUUUGGUCUUGGAAACCUGGGGGAAAAAUUUUGUUCUUACAUUAUCUCUCUUCUUGACUUCUUGUUAUCGAGGGAGAUGGAGGAAUGGAGGCGCGGGGAUGGCGCACUGGAGGGUGGCGGCGAUUGGAGGGUGGCGGCGACCGAUUGGAGGGGCGAUUGGAGGUUGGCUGGCGGCGAUUGGAGGGUGGCGGCAGACUGGCGAGGCGAUUGGAGGCGAUGGCAGACUGGAGGCGCGGCGAUGGCGGACUCUUGACUAGCGCGGCGAUGGCGGGCUGGCGGCUGUGCGACAGCCGACGAGAGGGUCUGAGGGUGAGGGACGAUUUCGCUAAAACGAGAGGGACGAUUUCGCCAAAACGAGAGGGGCUGGCGGUUGUCGAUGAGAGUGUCUAGGGUUGGGGAUGGGGUCGUUUUCUCACAGUCCAAAACGACGUCGCAUCAGUUGGUCGGUUAGAGCCGGUUAACCGGUUUCAGUUACUCGGCUAACCGCCUCCCCGCAACCAGUUUCCGCCAACCGACCGUGAAUGAUUUCUUUCGAUUUUCGGUUAGCCGCUAACCGGUGAUUAACGAUUAGACCGGCCGGUUAGUCGCUAACCGGAAACCGAAAUGACAACCCUAAUUAUGACUUCUGCCAACAAAAAAGUGUCCCCACAGCUAUCACAUAUUCAACCCAAAUAUGCCAAACUCAUCAGAUCCAAGAACCCAGACGAUCCAACACCAUCAAUAAAAGCUUUGAUUCUUAAUUAUCGAUUAACGAUCCAUAAGGGUAGAGCUUUAGCAAAGCAAUCAUUACCCAUUACGCGUUGAUAUCUCAAAAAGGGCAACCUUUUUCCAGGCAGGGUUAAUGUCUCAAAAGACGGAGUUCGUUAGCCCACACAGACACAAUAACCCUAUACAAUCACCCGCACGAGAGCUACGUAGCUAAUUAGUAAGUUUAGGGUCAAAGAGCGUAUUCACAUUGAAUGUUCGUAAACACAAAUAAGUUUUGACGUUAUCACGUUUGAACUUGGUUCCCAAUACAACAAGCCGCAGCCACACUUCCGAAAAGGUGAAAACUACAUAUCGUCAAGUUGUUUUUUUUGUCGACUUCGAAUGCCUCGUUAAUUACUUUUGUUGAGGAUGUUGAUUAGUUUUAUAUCCUUAGAAGGUGGGUACUCAGUAAAAGAGAGAGAGGUGAGGUUUAGGAUCCGGAUUUCGAGCGUUUUGUGCUUGCUCUUUUGUGUCCUAUACAGUUUGGAGAUAACUCGAUAUGGUUAUUCCACGAGGAUAAAUACUCUAUGAUAAGGAUUCAAAAGUAAGAUUUUCGCGACCAAAGUGAAGUGAAUAUAGAUGAGAUAUUUACAAGCAUUCGAAUUGUUAGCACACAAGAUCAAGAUCCUCCAACAAUGGUUUGGCUUCCGUUACGAAUGUUGAUGAUGUAAUUGCGGAGGUAGGUAUAGUUCAGGUUGGAUUCUAGCUGACUCAAUAUUUAGUUUUAUGUUAAAAUAUGUGAACCAUAUGUUAAAUUAAGGUUUAAUUUUGAUAGGAUGGUAGGCUAUCAGCCCCUCUAAAACCUCAAUUCAAUACCAAAUGUGUGGAGUGAUUUUUUUUUAUUUCUACCCUCCUCCCAUACUCUAAAGCAUGGCUUCGCCACUGCCAAUAAGUAGUAGAGAAAGACAGUCGUGCUGUAGUGGCAACAAUCUCAUCAGGCGUCGAGCACGAAUGAUCAAGGAAAGACCUAUAUCGACGCAUUAGCUGAAAGUCACCAGGUAGCAGUCCAAAUGGCAAUGUAUACCUCGUGGGAUGGUUAUUAGAAGACGGUCUUUGAGUUACACAAGGGAUAUAGAAUAUCACUCAUAGAGUGCUCUGCUCAUUUUAGAAAUAUUCCCUAGUUAUUCGUCUGACAGAGUAUUGUUGAGGACCUUAUCAUUUCGGCGAUGAUGUGAUGCACGAUGAAAAUUCAAUAUUCACUCAAUUUAUAGGUAUUUUAGAGGAAGAGAAAUAGAGUCGGUUAUUGAGUCAAAUUAUCUCCGCAUUACUAUAACGAAAUAGAACGUAGACAAAAUG